AUGAGGCAGAAUCAUUUCAGAAUGAAAUCCCUCAUCUGCAUACUCAUAUUUGCCGCAUAUGCGCAUUGGGCUUCUGGUUUUUUAACCGAGUGGUGCUCCUUUUCACGAGAAUCAGGAUGGUCGUGCACCAACUAUUUUACGGGAAAAACUGUGCACUUUAAGGGAGAUCCAUCACAGUGGUUUGGAAUGUUGACGACGACUCCUAGUCCUUGGAUGUUGGCUCAUCCAUAUGAUCUGAUGCUAUGA